AUGGAGGCUACUGCGGAAAAUUGUGCGAAAACUCUGAUAGAUGAGGUAUUCCUGCGAUACGGAGUCCCAAGACGAAUUAUCAGCGACAAUGGAGUGCAGUUUGUAUCCGCAGUGAUCCAGAAUGUUGCAUUCUGCCUUGAAAUAAGUCAGGUGUUCACACCGGUAUAUCAUCCCCAGGCGAAUCCGGUGGAGGGAAAGAAUCGAGACAUGAAGGCGCAGUUGGCGAUAUUGGUCGGUAAGCAGCAUCGCACUUGGGCAGAAAAGCUCCCAGCCAUACGAUUCGCUAUGAAUACCACUCGCUGUCAAAACACUGGGUAUUCUGCAGCGUUUCUUGCAUUCGGGCGUGAACCAAGAGCUAUAGACGAUGUCCAGCAUGAUUUAAGGUCAAUCAUUCAGUCGGAGAACUUUGUUGCCGAAAUCACACCAUACUUAGCCACGCUCACUGAAGUGUUCCAAGCUGCUCGUGAAUGUGAACAGAAGCAGCAAGAUGCUAACAAGCGUGCUUCUAACCUACGACGGCGUGAUCAGGAAGAUUUGGAAAAUGGCUCUAAGGUUCUGGUCACCACACAUGUCCUAAGCAAUACCACCAAGGGUGUAACGUCCAAAUUCGCACCACGACGAGACGGGCCUUACGUUAUCAUCGGUAGACAGGGUUGUACUUCCUACGUGAUUACUCACGAGGACAACCUGCAACAUCCUUUGGGCACAUAUCAUGCAUCUUCACUAGUACCAUAUCGUAAUUCCAGUGACGAAUACGAAGGUCCCAUUAACAUAAUACGGCAUAGAGGACGACCCCGAAAGACCACAUAG